CUCCACCAGACGGGCAUGUGGGUUCUACAGACACAGAAGUAUAGCAGGUUCUACUGACAGUCCAGCUUAUACAGGCACGAGGCUAAGACAUUAGUCAGGUAUCACCGCAUUUUCGCGUUUUCGAGUUUUUCCUUUCAGGCAUAUGAGAAUGACAUCGCUACCAUCAUUUUUAGGCAGUUGAUCGCCCAUAACUGUUUCUAGUGCUGUUUUCCGGGUGGUCUCCCCUGCGACAUUCCAUCGGCUUCCAUAAGUUCCAAGCCGACGAAGUCUAGGGAUUUUCAACCGUAGGGUCUUUUCCUACUACCGAACAGCAUGCGUCUUCGUUUCGCAAUGGUCUGUGCGUCGAAUCAAAAUCGCAGCAUGGAAUCACAUGCGAUUCUUCAACGAGAGGGUUUCGACGUCUGCUCUUAUGGUACCGGCACCAACGUUAAGCUGCCGGGACCAAGUAUACGAGAACCCAAUGUUUAUAAAUUCGGCACGCCGUACAAAUACAUGUUUGAGGAGCUUCAAGCCAAAGACCCAGAACUGUACAAAAGGAACGGCAUCUUGAGAAUGCUGAAGCGAAAUCUUGCGGUGAAGGAAGCUCCUCAAAAGUGGCAGGACAACGCCGCUGACGGACCCUUCGACGUCGUGAUAACGUUCGAGGAGCGUGUCUUUGACAUGGUCAUUGAAGAUAUGUUUGCACGGGAGCGUACUCUACAUCAAGCAGCAUUGGUGAUCAACCUUGAAGUUAGAGAUACGCAUGAAGAAGCAGCAUCUGGAGCAGAAGCGGCUCUACGACUGUGUAGGAUGUUGGAAGAUCUCACAAGCUGGGAGGAUGAAGUCGAGGUGGUAAUGAGGAGAUUUAGAAAACAAUAUAAGCAGGAUUUGGUGUACAACAUAGUGUUCUAUUGAUCCCGCAAACGUCAUUCUCGGUGGUGUGAUGUGAACCUUCCUCAUCAGGCUCUGACGACAUCUUGCAGGUAACCUCCAACUGUGGCGAAGGUCCACAGUGGUGAAAAACCAACCUCUCCGAAUUGGCCGUGUGGGGCGUCCAGCUUCGCCACAUUCCGGCGAAGAGGAAAUUGAUGUUCGCUAAAAUGUUCUCAGAAAUAGGUUGGCAAUCUGAAUCCAAUUUGAUGCCUGCUACUGUUUCAUGGAUCUGAAGUGCUUGUCUUGAAACCCUAGUUUGAACCUAUCCCAUGCUGCCACGUGGCAAUCCUUACAUUAUUAUUCCUACACAUAGUUGUCAGCUUGAGCUAAAGGCGACUCGAAUCUGGCAAGAACAAACUAAAAUUGUAGCGAAACACGCGCUGCGAGGCGAUUUCCCCCAACUGAGGGAUUAACAUGGAUGCUUUGCAAGCUACCGAUCAAGCCGUAACUAAGGACGAUCAAGUCUUACCUAACGAAGGUAGCAACCUGUCAGGUGGAGCUGGGACGACGUACAUAACUCCCGGCGCUGAGACGAAAGAUGCAGUGCCAACAAAUUCCGUGGACCCGGAUUCUGGGGUACCAGCUCGAGAAAUCACAACCAGAGCAGCAGCCACACCUUCGACGGUUAAACCAGAUGUUCCAGAACGGCGUUUCUCCAGAGCAUACUCCGCCUCCCAAGACGUCCCUGUAGCGGCAACUUACUUCGCCGUACCAGACGGCGGCGCUGCAGCGAGUCAAAGCAGAUGGCCUCCGGUAUCGUCGUCUCCGUCGACUUUUCCGUCAACUUUCUCGUCAACAUUUUCACCGGCCAGGCUGUCGUCUCCGUCGCCGUGGGCUGCUUCCGCCUCCCCCUGGCGCUCCCCGUCCCGCUGGCUUUCCCCUUCCCCGUGGAACUCCCCUUCCCCGUGGCCGUCCCCCUUGCGCCAUGCUCAGUUCGCGGUUCCCGCCACGCGGAAGACCCCGCCGAUUGGCGCGGAUUAUCAGGCGGAUAUUCCGGAACCGCUAUCUUCUCCACACCGUCUGAUGCCGGCUGAAGAAAGCAUCUGGAAGAUUGCUCCGGAGGAUGGGGCUGGAGGCGAGGUGGGGGUGUGCUGCGAGGAAGCCACGUGUGAUGCUGAGCUGGCAUGGGAGGCGAAGUGGCUCGGCGCGCAGGUCUGGCCGGACCUAGCCCGGUCCAGGAGGGUCGGGAGAGGCGCAGGAAAGGGGAAUCCGUACCUGAGGCUUGGAGGGACGUUGGCUGCUUCGGCGGGAGGGAAGGUCAACUGGCACAUACCUCGGGGUAUGCAGAGCGCGGGUUGUCAUACUAUCGAAGGUGGUGGUGCUAUCGAGGGCCGGUCGCCGAUUGAUGGGGAGAGAGCUGGAGGUGUUGUCGUUGCUGCUGCUGCUGCUGCUGCUGCUGAUAUUAGUGUGAGUGACUCCCACGGCAAUAUCGAUGGCGGCUCUAGUUCAGUUCCAGGCGAUUGCGACGCAGCUGAUAAAGUCGCGACGGGUAGUGUCACGCCAUGUAAUGUCACAUCUCGUGACUCGCCAUCGCCUGCAGCCGGAGCCUCGUCGCACGGUGCUCAAGUCGCAGGAGGGGCAGUCGCAUGCACGAGCGACGUCGCCGGGAUCGUCGCAUCAUCCAUGGCGAUGCACGAGGCCAUCGCUCAGUCUCCUGCCACGUUUUCACAGCCCCCGUCGGCGGCGGCACUCAGCCAACACGACGAACCCGUAUCCGCCACGUGGCAACUACAGCAGCAGCAGCAGCAGCAGCCGCAGGAGCAGUCAAGCCCACACUCAGACCACCACCACCCUCAAGAUCCCUACCUCCCGUCCCGGCGCCAGCCUUCCCGCACAAACCACCACCGCCGCGACCUGCGCGUUCCGCCAGGCGCGUGCGCCGCGUGCGGGGCGGACAAGGCGGGGUCCGCGGACUGCGUGCGCGCGCACUGCCAUGAGGCGGACGAGGACCUGGAGGCGGAGCUGGGGCCCGCCGCGUAUCACGCGUUGGGGCUGGCGGAAAUGGGGGAGAAGGUGGCGGAGGGGUGGAGCCCUGAGGAAGUGGAGCUUUUCCUGACUAUAGUUGAACUUUACCCGCAGUCCAAGGGGCUAGAUUUCUGGGGUCCCCUGAAGCGGGCGUUUGCGUCUGCUGGGGGAGGAGAGGGGGAGGGUGGGAGGCGGCGGAGGCGUGUGCGGAGUGUGAAGGAACUUGUGAGCUUCUAUUUCAACGUGUUUGUGCUUAGGAGACGGGCUCUGCAGAACAGGCUUCCGGGGAUGGAGCCUGAUUCUGAUGAUGAUGAGACGGAGUUAGUGGUGGAAGAGGAGGAGGAGGAAGAGGAGGAGGAGGAGGAGGCGGAAGGGGGGCAGAUAGAGGAGGGACGGGGAGGAAAGGUGGGAGGAGGGAACGAGGACGAGGGGGAGGAGGAGGAGGAAGAGGAGGAUGGAGAGGAGAUGCGAGGGGAGUAUGUUGAGUAUGGAGUGAGGGUCCAGGGUUUGGGGAAUGGAGAUGCGGUGGAAGUGGUGGUGGAGGAGGAGGAAGAGGAAGAAGAGGAGGAGGAGGAGGAAGAGGGAGGGGAGGAGGACGGAGUGUGUGAUGAUGGGACGGAGGGAUAUGGGAUGCAAGGGGCAGGAGGGGAGAGAGAAAGGGAAGAAGUGGGAGAAGAUGAAGAGGAGGAGGAGGAGGACGAGGAGGAGGAGGAUGAGGAGGAAGGAGUGGAGGAUGAAGACGGAAGCCUGGGGUAUGCUGGGGUGGAGUACGGUGGAACGGAGCAUUGGAUGCCACGUCAGCAGCAGAUGACGUAUGAGCAGCAUCAGGGGCAUCAGGAGCAGAUGGGGUAUCAGUAUGGGGCUCAAGACGGGGGAGUGGAUGGGGAUUGUGCCGAGGAAGAAGACGGGGAAGAGGAGGAAGAAGGAGAGGGGACGAAGAAGAGGAGGGAAUUGAGGAGGACGAGGAUACAGUGCAGCGUGAGGCAGCGAGCGGUGCUCCAGGGGGGGGCUACAUGCAGGUGCAGGGGAGGAAGAGGCGGCAUGUGGUCAUCACUAUGAAUGGGUCCGUGCUGGCUCGCCCCGUU